AUGGGUAUCCUUAUUCCACUCGUGUCUGUUACGGCAUUCUGGGCACUCAUCGGAUUCGGAGGUCCUCUUUUGGUUCCAAAGGGUCCUAACAGAGGUAAUAUUUUUUCUUUAUCGAAAAUGUAACACAUUGUUUUUAGGUAUCAUCCAAUUGAUGAUCAUCAUGACCGCUGUCUGUUGUCAUCUGUUCUGGAUCAUGGUUUGUCUUUAUUUUUUUAUACUUUUUUUUUUCACAUUUACCUUUUUUGAGGUCGGAACGUUUUUUUUAUAUAAAAGAUUUUCGUAUUUAGUACAUUUUAAUUUCGAAAUUUUAAAAAUCACUAAAAGUUUAUACCUUUACGAUUAGAAAAAAGACGCGAGAUUGGUUACUGGUUGAAAUUCCUGAAGAAACUUCCACGUUCUUUUCAAAUUCUCAUUUUCUUCUCUUCAGAUAUCAUGUUUUUUUUCACAAAAUAAAAAUAUGAGGUAUACCUCAGCUUAAUUAUUUUUCGAAGAAUCUGGUUAUUGAAAUAGCGCGAAACAAAAUGGGUGAAAGCAAAAUAUUUUUUCUCUAGUUCCUCAGCUAUGGCCACAAAUCACGUCUAUAAAUUUUUUCAAGUUUUCGUUUUAAUAUUUGUGAAGAAAGCAUAUAUGGACGUCUUAUUAAUGAAUUUGCACUUAUCGAUUUUAAUUUAUAAGUUUUCGAUUUGUUCUUCCUUUUUUUGACUGUGAGAAUAUUAAAUAUAUUCACUGUUUGUAUUUUCAGCUCUCCUUAUUCAUUUAGAAUUUUUACAGGUAUUCCUUCACCAGCUGAACCCCCUCAUCGGACCUCAGAUCAAUGUAAAAACGAUUCGCUGGAUUUCUGAGAAAUGGGGAGAUGCUCCGACUCUCAUCGACUCAUAA